UUAGUUAGUCAACAGCCUUAUAAAUAAAUCAAAAUGAUUAACACGUAGCUAGAUGUAUCUGGUUCCACUAAGCAACGUGUUCCAUCACUCCUAACGCCUCUCAUCUCCUUACCUUGAAUAAUUCAACAUAUCACACCAUUACCGGCACGGUUUGAUUCCAACACACCAACUCUUAACAAGUAGGAUCUGUCGGCUGCUACAGAGCACUGAUCUUCUCACGGACUUCAAGGCAAAGUAAAACAAAGACAAUGACCUGAGCGCUCAGUGGGUCUUGGAUUAGAAAAGAUUUGUUUUGUGGACUUAAAUCUUCCUUUUAUACAUUCAAUUAUAAUUUGAAAUGACAAGUUAAUCUGGAUCCUUGGAAGUGUCUGGCAGACGAUCAAACGGAGCAUUUACAGAAAACAAGCUGGCAUUGAAGAGAAACUCAAACUGACAGUAAGUGCUGAAAAGUAUCUCUGGUGACUCAAGACAGGUGACUUUCUGGUGACUCGAGAAGAGUUAUCUGCGCACCUUCCCAGGCUUUCACCCUCACAGCCCUCUAUUUCCGCGUCAACAAGAUGUCAACAACAGAGAAAGUUGAGUCCAAAUCAAAAAGUGAGAAAAUGCUCCCUGCACAGGAGGCGGCCAAAAUCUAUCACACCAACUACGUGAGGAACGCGCGAGCCGUCGGCGUCCUGUGGGCGAUAUUCACCAUCUGUUUUUCCAUCAUAGAAAUGGUGGUGUUCAUCCAACCGUACUGGAUCGGGGACAGCGUCAACACCCCGCAGGCUGGAUACUUCGGCCUGUUUCACUACUGUAUCGGCAACGCGCUGACCUCUGAGCUCAUCUGUAAAGGAAGUGCCUUGGACUUUGCGUCCAUCCCGUCCCCAGCCUUUAGGACAGCCCUCUUCUUCGUGGGUACAUCCAUGCUGCUGAUAGUGGGCUGUAUGGUCUGUUUCACUCUGUUCUGGUUUUGCAACACCGGGAGCGUCUACAAGAUCUGUGGGUGGAUGCAGUUUGCGUCAGCCAUCCUGAUGGUGAUGGGCUGUAUGAUCUACCCUGACGGCUGGGACGCCCCUGAGGUGAAGAGGAUGUGUGGCGAGAGGACAGACAAGUACACCCUGGGGAACUGUACAGUGAGGUGGGCCUACAUCCUGGCUAUGAUCUGUGUCUUGGACUCUCUCAUCCUGGCCUUCCUAGCCUUCACACUGGGUAACAGACAGGACAAACUGCUGCCGGAUGACUUCGAAGUGGAGGGGCAAGAAAAGCAAUGAGGCACUGGAGUAUGAAGAGAUGGAAGAACAAUGCAUCAUUCUGGCACUCAUGAUUAUCAGGCCAGGGAUACAGCACGGCCUCCACGGCUAGUGUUUUUACAAUAUACACAAAGGUGUCCUUUCCUCCAAAAACAUUAUGUUUUUUAACUCAUUAUGCUAGAGGGUAGUUCUUUAGACUGUAUUGUCCCCAACGGCACCCUGUUUUCAUUUGGUGUUUUAGCCCUCUUCUGAGCCUUGGUAAUUAAAGUUUUAUUUUAAUAUUUUGGAUGAAUUAAAUGUUUUCUGUAAACAAUAAGUGUACAAUCGUCAAUACACGUUUUACUUUCUGAAUGAAAUUGUAAAGUUUUCUGUUCCUUGGUAAGUUCAUUGUACUUGUCAUGAAAAACUGUCCCAUCAACAGUAGUUGGGCAAAGAAUCAAGCUAGACAAGAGGCAUCGCAGAACUCCUAAUAUGAAGACCUUUUGUUUUAUUGUACGGUGUGGGGU